AUGAAAUGGUCUGAAAACACAUAUUUUCAGCAGACAAGAAAUAAUAAGAUUAAAGCCUUUUAGGCUUUUAGAAAAAAAAAUCGUAGAAGCUAGUAGUUCCUAACAAACCAACAGGAUUUUACGUGAUUAAUUAUUCAACAAACAUCUCUAUUUAGUUCUAAUCAAUUUUUUUCAAUUUCAGGUGCUGUAUUUAUGACUUGGCUGUAAAACCAGAUGGAUCUGAGUUCAUUGUAGCCGCACAUAUUUAUGUUUAUCUUUUUGAUGGAACUGAUGGUCGACAAUUAAAAAUUUUAGAUGGACAUAAAGAUUUGGUUUAUGCGGUUGCUUGGUCAGUUGAUGGAGAAACUUUUGCAUCGGGAAGUGCGGAUAAAAGUGUGAUUUUGUAUAAUGAACAUCAUGAAGCACAGUUGAAGUUUACGUAAGUUUUUGUAAUCCAAGUUUUGAGAAAUAAUUAAAAUCAUGAAAGUUUCAGAAAAAGAGGUUUCGAAUUUUUUGUUGAAACUAAAGUUUUGAGUUUGAAAUUAAUUUUCCAGACACAAUGAUGCGAUACAAUGUCUAGCAUACUGUCCAACUCAACAAAUUCUUCUAACUUGCGCAGUCGGAGAUCUUGGUUUAUGGUCAACUGCUGAUAAAAAUGUAGUGAAACAGCGAGUCGAAUCUCGAUGUUGUAGUUGUGCUUGGACAAAUGAUGGAAAUCUUUUUGCAAUAGGUCAUGCGGAUGGAAGUGUUACUAUUAGAAGAUGUGCAAAUGUGGUAAGUGAAUAAACACUUCCUCAUUUACUACAUUUUUAUUUAAUAAUUAAAUUAACAGACAGAUGAACCGGUUGUGAAAAUCGAUCGAGGAAAUGAGCCCAUCUGGUCACUGGCUUUCAGUUAUCAAAGAAAUUCAAAAGCUGAAACAGGUGCACCAGGAGGAGAUCAUGUAUUAUUAACUGAAGUAUUAGCAAUCACUGAUAUGAAUCAUCGAUUAGCAUUUUAUCAAUUGAAUGGAGCAAAAGUUUUGGAAAAAGAAAUCAAUUUGGGAUUUGAACCGUAUUGCACACAAUAUUUGAAUAAUGGACAAUUUUUAUUGAUUGGAGGAUCGAAUAAAACAUUGACAAUGUUUACAAGAUUUGGUGUUGCUUUGGGAAUUGUUGCACAAAUGGAUACAUGGAUUUGGACUGUUACGAUAAAUCCAAAUAAUAAUUCAGUGAUUAUUGGAUGUGUUGAUGGAACUAUUGCUUGUUAUAGUUUAGUUUUUACAACGGUUCAUGCACUUUCUGACAAUCGAUAUGUUCAUAGGUUGGUUGAGGGGUUUAUUGGAAAAUUUUGGAUGAUUGAUCUUCAGAAACAAUAAAUCUGCUGUAAUAAAUUCAAUAUAUUUAAAAACUAACUGUAGUAAUUCAUUGAAAAUUUUUAAAUUGAACCCAGUUUUUUCGCACUUCGAUUACUGUAGAUCAUUUUUUCAACUUCAUAACCUAAUUUAUUUCCGAUCUCUAAAAAACAUGAUUUUUUGCAGAGAUGGUAUGACAGAUGUUGUAAUCCGUGAUCUUUCAAAUCAUACAGCAACACGAAUUUAUUGUCAUGAUCAUGUUCGAAAAGUAUCAGUUUAUCUCAACAAACUUGCUGUUCAAUUAUCCGAUCGUCUUGUUAUUUAUAAACAAGUUUCAAAAGAUGGCGAAAAAAUGGAAUAUAAAAUCGAUGGAAAAAUUCAGAAAUCAUUCGAUUGUUCACUUCUUGUUGUAACUGCUCUGCAUAUAAUUGUUUGUCGAGAUGAAGAACUUGUUUGUUAUGAUCAUAAAGGAUUGAAACAACGAGAAUGGUUAUUGGAAUCUGGUGUUCGAUAUAUGAAAGUUAUUGGAGGUCCGCCAGGAAGAGAAACUUUUGUAGUUGGAUCAUAUAAUGGAAAUGUUCAUAAAGUUUUUGUUGACAAUCCAUUUGCUGUGUUAUUAGUCAAAUUAAAUUCAGCAAUUCGAUGUGUUGAUGUCAAUUGUGAUCAGUAAGUUUUUAUAUGACAAGGGAUUUCAUUCGGGAAUUUGAAUUUCAAAAAAUACGGGGCCACGGGUUUUUUUUUUACAAAACUUGUUGCAUUUGAUAGAAUUUGAAAAAAAUGUGAAUCAAACUUGUUCCAAAAUAAAUUCCCAGGUCUGAUUUUUUCAAUAAUUUGUUUUGCAGCACUUUGGUUGGUGUUGUUGAUGAGAACUCAUUAUGCUCCCUUUUCGACAUAAAAACAAAAGAAUGUAUUUUGCAAGAACCUCAUUGUAAUGCAAUUUGUUUCAAUAGCAAUAAUCCUGAGAUUCUAUGUUAUACAACACAUAAUUCACUUACUGUUCGAUCUUUAACAUAUGCUGGACAUUCUCAAAAAAUGCAAGGUUUUGUGAUUGGAUUUGUUGGAAACAAAGUAUUUUGCCUUCAUUUGUAUGUAACACAUGCUUAUGAUGUUCCAUUUACUGCUCAACUUUAUCAAUAUGUUAAUGAUAAACACUUUGAGUAAGUUAGACUAAAUACUUUUUUGGUAAUUUUUUCAAGAAUCCAAAAUGAAUUCUGAUCGUCCAAAUCCACUUCUAUGUACUUCUUACAGAGCUGCAUACCGUGUUGCUUGCCUCGGAGUCGUCGAAGAAGAUUGGCAUUUUUUGGGAAUGGAAGCAAUCAAAAAUGGAAAUGUUGACAUAGCUUCAAAAGCAUUUUCGCGAACAAAAGAUAUGCGAUGUCUUCAAAUGAUAAGCGAUAUUCGAGAAAUGUUGAGAAAUGAUGAACCUGAAACAUUGAUUCAAGCUUAUAUUUUAGCUUAUGAUUCGAAAUUUCGAGAAGCUGCUCAAGUUUUUCGAGAAAAUGGAUUUGAAAAUAAAGCGAUGGAAUUAUUUACUGAUUUGAGAAUGUUUGAUGAAGCACAAGAAGUUAUGACAACUUCUUCUGGAGAAACACAAAAAAUGUUAAUGAGGAAACGAGCGAUUUGGGCAAAAGAUUCGAAUCAACCGAAAGUUGCAGCUGAAAUGUUGAUAAGUUCAGGAGAUUUGGAUAAAGCGACACAAUUGAUAAUUGAUAAUGAUUGGAUGGAUUUGGCAAUUGAUAUAUCAAGAAAAAUUGAUAGAGGAGAUUUGGAAACUAUUAAAAAGUUAGCUGGAUAUUUUGUUAGAAAACAUGAAUAUGGAUUAGCAUCGAAAAUAUUUGGAAGUAUAAAUGAUACAAAAUCAAUUGUUGAAAUGCAUGUAAAUGCUGGACAUUGGCAAGAUGCAUUUGCAAUUGCUGAUAGACAUCCAAAAUAUGUUGAAGAUGUUUAUUUGCCAUAUGCUAGACAUUUAGCAGAAAGAGAUCAAUUUGAAGAAGCACAAAAAGCAUUUCAUAAAGCUGGAAAAGAUCAAGAAGCGCUGAGUGUUUUGGAACAAUUAACAACAAAUGCUGUGAAUGAGACACGAUUCGCUGAUGCUGGACAUUAUUAUUGGCAAUUGAGUCAGCAAUAUUUGGAUAGAUCUCAAAGUCAUGAUGAUGAAUCGCUUAUUCCAAAAUAUCAACAAGCUGCUAAACUUGCUGAUGUUUAUUAUGCUUAUGAUGCUGUUUUCAUUUUUUGUGUGAGUUUUGAAACAAUUCGAAACAGUUAAUUUUAUCCAGGGAAGGCAUACUUUAUUUUUAAUUUUCGUAAUAUUUUAUGCAACGAAUUUCAUCAGAUUAUUGAUAGAUACAACACGUUUUGUUUCCGUUUUAGUUUUUAAGAUUUACAGUAAUUUGUCAAUUUCAGAAUUGACGUAGAAUUCUACAGUUAAAACGUUUUUCAGAAAAAUUAUUUUAAAAACUCCAAAACCUUUAAAUCUGAAAUAACAUUUCCUUUUUUCGUGAAUACUUGAAAAUUCACAAUUCCAAAGUUUUGUGGUCUGAAAUCGAAAUUUCGAAAAGCUUUUUUUUCCAGAACCAACCGUUUUCCUACGAACGCCCUGAAAAUAUUCUGAAUAUGGCUAGAUAUUUGGCUUUUCAACCAUUUAUUGAUAACGUCUCUCGAGUUUUUAUUUAUUAUACGAUUGCUAAAAUUGGAAGUGAAGAAGGUGCAUAUAAAUCAGCAAGACAGGCUUUGGAACAAUUAACACAUCUACGAAUUCCUCACUUUUUCGAAUCUCAAAUUGAUGUUAUGACUUUGAAUAUUCGAGCAAAACCAUUCUCAGAUACUGAAUUAAUGCAACCAAUGUGUUAUAGGUAGGCAUGAAGUUAUCCUAACUUUAAAAAAUAUUCAUUUUUAGAUGUGGCCUAAAUAAUCCAUUCCUUGGUGGUCUUUCCUGUAUUCAUUGUCAAACUCCAUUUAUCAUUUCAUUCGUUACUUUUGAUGUUCUUCCAUUAGUUGAAUUUCAAAUUGAUCCCGAAAUUUCACACGAUGAAGCUGUUGAGCUUAUCCAAUCGGAACCUCCCUUGGUCGACGUCGAAUUCAAUCCAAUACGAUCGCAGAAAAAAGGAGCAGUUAUAUUAAAUCGUGAAGCUCUUGAGAAAUUGGAACAGGGCCAAGUUGUGAUUCAAAAUUUUGCACCGCCCCUUGCUCCAAGAUAUUUGUUCAAUACAUAUCCGACUAUCACAAUCUCUCAAUGCACGACUUGUUGCAAACUUUUCGAUUUGGAUGAUUUUGAAAUGGCUAUUUUGCAAAAAGGACAUUGCCCAUUUUGUAGAACAUCACAACAAAGAAAUGAUGCAAUGUUUUUCGAUGAAGAUGAUGAUUUAGAUGAAAAUGGAACGAAUAAAAUACCAAGUUUCAGUCAGUUUGCAUAA